AAAACAUACAAUAUUGGUUUGUAAAAAUGGGUUCCUCCAAAUUGAUGGUUACAUGCAUUGUCGUUGCUAUGCUGACCAUUUCGUGUGACAUUCUCUCUGUUGAAAUGGGAAUUAGCGUACAAGCUUUACCUCCGACUUGUGGACCAGAUUGUACUGGAAGAUUCAUGAAUCAAGACUGCUCUAAAUAUUGUGCAGCUUUAUCUUAUAAACAUGGUGUUUGCAUUCUAUUCCGAGGACUUCCUCCAAGAACUUCUACAUUACGUUGUUGUUGUGGGUAAAUGAAAUAAUAAUUAUUCAUGCUCUUCAUAAUGUACGGUUAAGUUUUUUUUUCCUUUAACUAUAAUACAGAUUUUAUUUUUCAAUGGGAAGACCAUACAUAAAAUCCAUACUUAUUAAAA